UUUUAUAUAUUAAAAAAAUAAUAUAUAGAUAUUUAUUCGAAACUUUUAAAAAAUUGGUAUAAAGUUGAAUUUAUAUCAACAUAAUAUUUCAUAUUUCCAUUUGUGUGGAAAUAUAACUCAUUUCACUGAUUGUAAAGUUUUCUUCAAAUAUUGUCUGAGAGUUCGCUAUUGUUUGAUUGAGUCGGCUCAAAAAUGGCCCAUUUCAACGAAGAUGACGAUUUCUCUAUGAUGAUGGGUGUAGCAAAACAACUUGCAGCCUCUGGUAAACGACAGCAAAGCACGAAAGCUUUAGAGAAGGAGGAAUCUUUGAAAGAGAGAAUCGUUAAAUUCAAGGACAAAAGGGCGACCCGCAGUUCCAGCAUCCAAAUGCCUCAUAGGUACAUUUGUGAUAUGGUCUCCCACUACCUCAACGUCGACCUUCAAUUUAUAAUAGAUGGAGUUUCCGAUGCGGACGCUCAUGUUGACUGUAUAGAGAACUUUCUCAGCAAAGAUGGAUUGCUGGCAAUGAUCUUUUAUUAUCAAGAUGGUCCGCCCUAUGAAGUCGAAACGGGUAGAAUGAAAGAUCCUCAUGGUCCUCCAGUCAAACGGGUUUACGUGUCACCCGGCAUGCACUCACUGAACAACAAAGGAGUCAUUGUCUACAAAAUUAAUCCAGGUCAAGUUGAUAUGAGGAAUCUCAACGAUGUUGUGUUCUUCAUUCCGUUCGACUUGGAAUUUCUUCAAGGCAAUGUUGUUUCUAUUGGAAGCAUGCUGAUAAACGAUCUAGUCAGAACACCCCUGAACAUGUGUAAAGAUUGGGGCGAUUUGGUGAAGACUGAAAUUGGACGGAAGCACAAACGGGCUUUCGAGGACGACUUCAUACAAUUUUGCACUUUUUUAGAACGAACAAGAGGUGAUCUUGAAAGUAUCAUAACAUUCACGAUCGAUACCGAGCUUGUCAAAGAGCUCAAUGAGGGAAAUAAAGACCAGCAUAUGUUAGACAAAGAAUUCAUAAAGAGUGUCGAGCAAACGGUGAGAAUAUGGAACAAAAAAAUGGAGAGGGCUCUUGUGCAGUACCAACAGUUGAGGAGAGAAGACGAAUUUGUUGGCCCACUCGUAGAAGUGGAAUAUUGGAGGAACCAGUUGUCUAGAUUUACCAGCAUCAUGGAAUUCAUCUGCAAAGCCGAUUGUCAGAUUCAUAUUGCAUUCUUGAGGCAGAUAGGCAGUUCUGUGUUGAAGGUUUGGAAGAAGCAGAUAAACGCCGUGACCGACGCGAGGAACGAAUGCUCUGACAACGUUAAAUACUUGUACUCGUUCGAGACCUAUUGCGCUCCCCUGUAUCAACUGGACCCGACGGAGAUUCCGGCUCAUAUUCCAGCUUUGUUGCGCGCCGUCAGGAUGAUCUUCAACACUUCCAGAUACUACAAUAACACCUGCAACGUAACGGCAGUCCUGGUCAAGGUCUCCAACCAGAUCAUCAACGUGUGCCGCAGUUACCUGAACUGCAACAACACGAAGACAGUUUGGAAUCAGCCGAAGAAGGAUGUUCUAGAGAAAGUCCAGAAAUGCCUGGACUUGUACUUGAAAUACUACCAGUGCUACAAUCAGAUUUGUAGCGAAAUGAAAGAGGUCGGCGAGAAGCCAUUCGGAUGUUCGGAAAUGUUCAUUUUCGGGAAAUUCGAAACCUUCAAGAGGAGAAUCGAAGAGAUAUGCAAUGUACUACAAACCACCAUCACUUACUCAAUUCUGCAAUCGAGCACUAUAGAGGGAAUCGAAGUGUUCGCCCAGAAGUUUAAGGAUUUCUUCACAAAGAUAUCUAGUCAAAAGUAUGAUGCCCUGAAUCACAGACUACCCUUUUUCGACAAAGAUUAUGCAGAAUACAGACAGAACGUCGUCGAUACCGAAUGGGAAUUGGAGGAAUUUGUUGGGGCCUCUUUGUCGAGACUUCAAGAUGUCCAUAACGUACUAAGACUCUUGUGGAGAUUCGAAAAAUUGGACUUGCCCUGUUUACAUCUGGAUGAGAGAUAUUUGGAAGCGAUGAUAAUGUUCCAGGAGGAACUAGAGACUUUGCGAGACCGUUACAAUGAAGAAAGGCAAGCUCCUCUGGUCCCGAGGAAUAUGCCGCCUGCUAGUGGUCGUAUAAGAUGGAUAAGACAGUAUUAUAGACGAAUAUUGCAGCCCAUGAGGAUUUUCAAAACUAAGGAGAGGGUGAUCAAACAUAGAAAGGUUCAGAAAUGCAUUCAGCUGUUCAACGCUCUAUCGAUGGUGUUUGUACAUUAUGAACAGCUGUACCAUGAAGCGUGGUAUGACUACGCUGCCCAAGUUCGGCACUGCCUGAAUUCACCCAUUAUGGUCAAGCACCCAACCACCAGGAGGUACGUACUGAAUUUCGAUCCUCACAUUCACGAGUGCAUCAGAGAGGCCGAAUACAUGUACCGUCUGUUCUGUGGCGUGCCGGAUGUUGGCCAGAUAAUGGUCUUCUGUCAGGAGAAGAUUCUGAACUCUUACGCUGCCACGAAGGCGCUCAUCGAGAGGAACGACGAGUUGAGAAGCAGCAUCCCUCCUCUCUUUAUCCAGAUGAUGCGCGCUCCGCUCUACAAGAUCGAGGUGGCGUUCUUGCCCGCCUUCUCCACGAUCACGUGGACCUCGACAAAGAUCCCAGAUUUCUGCAAAGAGGUCACCAUGUUGCUGGAUGCCGUUCAGAUUUUUAUAAAGGAGGUGAAAGAUAUGAAGGAGGCCAGAAUAGACGAAGUGUUAGAAAGUAUUACUGCUACUCCAUUAGUUUAUUUGCCCGAAUAUCCGCUGAAACCAAAAGAAUUCUAUGAGGAAAAUAUCAAGUAUGGUAACAAAAUAGUGAAGGAAUUGGAACUGAAAUCCGUCAAGACGGAGAGAGCAGUGAUCGGUUUGAUAACGAAGUUCCUCGACAUCAUCGACCAGGAAGACUUGCAACAGGGUAAAUACGAUUGGCUGGAUCCUGAAUUGGCUGUGAAGCCGGUCACUUCAUCCUCAAAACUGAUAGUGGGGCCGGAUGCAGCUUUCAAAGAACUCAUCGGAAGGACCCCACUCGACCUCCAAACCUUGAAGACGGACUGCGUCGAGCUCUUCAGUUAUUUCAACAUGAAGCUGUCAGAUACGUUAGUGAAGAUGGUAAAAUCUUCCUUGGAACAACUGAAACAAAAAGCAACAAGCAUUCGAGGUAAUGCCGAGAUGAUUCCAAUGAUGAGGACCAAAAUGCAAUUGCAGAUUCCGAACACCGUGAUUAAUCCUGAUCUAACCGUGAUACAGUCCAUGUUUGCUCAAGUUGUGGGUAAUAUUCUUGAGUGCAACAAAUACAUCUAUCUUUGGGGACAGAGAGGAGUUACGCCGAAGAAAAUGUCGUUAAAACAACGAAAACAGAAUUCUGAUUCUACGGCACCAGCAAAACCAGCACCGGUGAAUUACUACAAACAGGUGGCCGAAAACAAAGAGGUCAUCAGACUUUACAUGAGUCUACAGGGUGCCAUGUACCUCGUCAAACCUGACGUUGCCAGCGUUUUGAAUAGAUAUUUGAACUACUCUUAUUUAUGGUCCGACGAUCGGGAGAAAAUAAUCGAUGAUUUCUGCGAAAAAGGGCCGCUUCCAGUCGAGAUAACGGAGAAGUUCAAAGAGUAUGAGGCUAGAGCAGAUGAAAUCGAAAGUUUACCGGAAGAUGUUAACUUAGGACCCAUCCAGAUAGACCUAGAUGAAUUCAAACUUGCUCUUCUGGUGGAAUCGAACGCUUGGAAGUACAUAAUGGGUAACAAUCUGGCCUUGAGAAAUAAACAGAGGCUUAACAAAAUGGUUGAUUUCAUCAAGACUCAAGAGAAAAUAAUGAGUAAGAAGAUAAGGGAUCUCGACGACUGCAGAUUAGCGAUGCAAUGCUUGGAGAGAAUUCGGGAUAACUUCAUUGAAAUGGACAUGGAGCUGGGUGCCAUGGAAGAAGCAUAUUCUAUCUUCAACAGAUUCAGAAUAGACGUCCCAAGGGAAGAUAUCGAGAGAGUUGAUACGUUAAGAUUUAACUUCGGAAACAUGGGUGUUCAUGCGAAACAAACCCAAGAGAACAUCUACGAAGUGCAAGCGCCUCUUCUGGAAGAGCUGACUGCCGGAGUCGAUAAGUUCGCCUUCGAGGUCGAGGCCUUCGACAAAGAUUUCGAAGAGAAAGGUCCAAUGGUCUCGGGUCUGGAAGCCAGGGAGGCCAGCGAUCGCGUCUUAGUUUUCCAAGAUCGCUUCGACGAGCUUUGGCGAAAAUUCGAAAUGUACAGCAGCGGCGAGAGACUGUUCGGCUUAGAGGUUAAGGAUUACCCCAUCCUACACAAGAGGAAGAAAGAGUUCAAUCUCUUGAACAAACUGUAUGGAUUGUACCUGCAAGUAAACAAGAGCAUAGAUGGCUACUACGAUAUAUUGUGGUCUGAUGUUGACACCGAGGUUAUAAUUGCGGAAUUGACCGAAUUCCAGAACAGAUGCCGAAAACUACCCAAAGCUCUGAAAGAUUGGCCAGCAUUCUUGGACUUGAAAAAGAAGAUCGAUGAUUUCAGUGAAACCUGCCCUCUACUGGAGCUAAUGGCCAAUAAGGCUAUGAAAGAUAGACAUUGGAGACGCCUCUCCACCACUUGCAACUAUCAAUUCGAUACCGAUUCGCCAACCUUCACUUUGAGGAACGUUAUGGAAGCUCCCCUAUUGCAAUACAAGGAUGAUGUUGAAGAUAUAUGCAUCAGUGCAGUGAAGGAGAAGGAUAUUGAGGCCAAACUGAAGCAAGUCAUAGCCGAUUGGGCGGUAGUAGAUUUAUCCUUCGGUUCAUUCAAAGCCAGAGGUGAACUUCUACUCAAGGGUACUGAAACUGGAGAAAUUAUCAUGUUGCUAGAAGACAGCUUGAUGGUUAUGAAUUCGCUUCUCAGUAAUAGAUACAAUGCUCCAUUCAAAAAGGAUAUUCAGUUGUGGGUACACAAGUUGGUGACGACGUCAGAAAUUUUGGAGAAAUGGAUGUUGGUGCAGAAUCUUUGGGUGUACCUUGAGGCCGUCUUCGUUGGAGGCGACAUCGCCAAGCAACUGCCCGCAGAAGCGAAAAGAUUUAGCAAUAUCGACAAAUCCUGGGUCAAGAUUAUGGCUCGAGCACACGAAUUUACCAACGCGGUGGAAUGUUGCACUGGCGACGAGACCAUGGGACAGCUUCUUCCGCAUCUUUUGGAACAGUUGGAAACUUGUCAGAAGAGUUUGACAGGAUAUUUGGAAAGCAAACGAUUGCUCUUCCCCAGAUUCUUCUUCAUCUCUGACCCAGUCUUAUUGGAAAUUCUUGGUCAAAGCUCCGAUCCAACAAGCAUCCGACCUCACUUGCUGAGUCUGUUCGAUGCGGUCGCAUCGGUCGAUUUCGACGAGAAAAGGCCAGAUUGCAUUAUCAACAUGAAAUCGGACAACGGCGAAAUAGUGAUGUUUGAGAAAGCCGUCCAGUGUCAAGGAGGCGUUGAGUUCUGGCUCAACAUUCUGCUGAACACGGUGAAAAACACCGUUAAUCAAGUAAUCGCCGCUCAAUGCCAAUGUUUCGUAGAUCCAGACUACAAUUUCGUCGUUGGCUUCCAACAGUUCUGUGGCCAAGCAGGUCUCUUGGGAGUUCAGAUUUUGUGGACGAAGGAUUCCGAGGUGGCCAUACGGAGAGCCAGAAUCGACAAGGCGAUAAUGAAAGUCACAAAUCAAAGGUUUUUGGACCUACUUAAUUCACUGAUUGAUUUGACAUCCAAAGAUUUGACCAAGUUGAGAAGGACCCAGUUCGAAACAAUGGUUACAAUACACGUCCACCAAAAGGAUAUUUUCGACGAUAUGGUUCGACUGAAGGUAAGGACUCCACAGGAUUUCGAAUGGCAGAAGCAGUCCAGAUUUUAUUAUUAUGAAGAUACCGAUGAAGUACAAGUAAAGAUCACUGAUGUCAUUUUUGACUAUCAAAACGAGUAUUUGGGGAUAACAGAAAGAUUGGCCAUCACACCGUUGACCGACAGGUGUUACAUCACGUUAGCACAAGCCAUAUGGAUCAAUAUGGGUGGAGCACCAGCUGGUCCAGCUGGUACGGGCAAAACAGAAACAACGAAAGAUAUGGGACGGACACUAGGAAAAUUCGUGGUAGUCUUCAAUUGUUCCGAUCAGAUGGAUUUCAGAGGUCUUGGACGCAUAUUCAAGGGUUUGGCUCAGUCUGGAAGCUGGGGUUGUUUCGACGAAUUCAACAGAAUUGAGUUGCCUGUACUUUCCGUUGCCGCUCAACAGAUCUACAUCGUUCUUCAAGCAAGAAAAGAGAGGAAAGCUAUAUUCGUUUUCAUGGAUGGAGAUAACGUUUCCAUGAACAUCGAAUUCGGCAUAUUCUUGACGAUGAAUCCCGGCUAUGCUGGACGUCAAGAGCUACCCGAAAAUCUGAAAAUCAUGUUCAGAAAUGUCGCCAUGAUGGUUCCAGAUAGGCAGAUCAUCAUCAGGGUCAAAUUGGCCUCCUGCGGUUUCAAGGACAACGUUUAUCUAUCGAGAAAAUUUUUCACCCUGUACGCCCUCUGUGAAGGACAGUUGUCCAAACAGGUCCACUACGAUUUUGGACUGCGUAAUAUAUUGUCCGUUCUAAGAACUCUAGGAGCCCAGAAGCGAGCCAACCCUAAUGACAGCGAGGAAACCACAGUCAUGAGAGUUUUAAGGGACAUGAAUUUGAGCAAACUCAUCGACGAAGACGAACCCCUCUUCCUAUCCCUAAUCGAGGACAUGUUUCCUGGCAUAAAGUUGACUUCACACUCGUGGAAAGAUCUUCAAAAGGCGGUCGGCAAUCAGAGUCAACUCAUGGGAUUGGUAAAUUACUCCACAUGGAACUUGAAGAUCGUGCAGUUGUACGAAACGUCGCUGGUCAGACACGGUUUAAUGGUUAUGGGUCCGACUGGCGCUGGUAAAACGAAAUGCAUGCAUUGCCUAAUGCGAUCUUUCACUGAAAUGGGAGUACCCCAUAAAGAAUUACGCAUGAAUCCCAAAGCCAUUACGGCACCUCAGAUGUUUGGAAGGCUAGACGUUGCCACCAAUGACUGGACAGAUGGUAUAUUCUCCACUUUAUGGAGGAGGACGUUGAAAUUCAAGAAAACUGAUUUCUGCUGGUUAGUCCUUGACGGUCCAGUCGACGCCGUCUGGAUUGAAAAUCUGAACUCUGUCUUAGACGACAACAAAACAUUAACGUUGGCCAAUGGCGAUCGAAUAGUCAUGGCUGGCAAUUGCAAGUUGGUGUUCGAACCGGACAACGUGGACAACGCAAGCCCCGCCACCGUGUCUCGCAUGGGCAUGGUGUUCAUGAGCUCCUCUGUGCUUCCGUGGCCGCCCAUCUUGGACGGUUGGUUGAAGACCAGAACGCAACAAGAAGGGGACGCCCUACGACCCAUGUUCGGCAAGAUCUACAGCGAUGCUCAGGACUAUGUGCUGCAAAAACUGAAACCGAAAAUGUUCAUCAGGGAGGCCGUGUACAUGCGACAAUGCUAUGACGUCUUGCAGGGCAUUUUGGAUGUUGGUGACGAAGCAAAGUUCUGGACAGAGAAGCAACUCGAGCGACUCUUCUUAUUUUCCAUGAUGUGGUCUUUGGGCGCCAUCCUGGAACUGGAGGAUCGAGCCAAGCUGGAACGUUUCGUUAUUACCCAUCCUUCGAAAAUGGAUUGGCCGAAAAUUGGGCCUAACGAGACGAUAUUCGAGUAUCUGGUCAAUCCGGAAAAUGGAAGAUGGCAGCACUGGUCGGAACGAGUGGAGGAGUUUUGUUAUCCUGCCGAUAGUAUUCUGGAUUUCACCUCCAUUCUGGUUCCUAAUGUGGACAACGUCAGGACUGCUUUUUUGAUUGGUGCUAUCGCGAAACAAACUAAAGCUGUGCUUUUGAUAGGUGAGCAAGGUACAGCCAAGACGGUAAUGAUUCAAGGAUACCUUCAGUCCUUCGAUCCAGAAUAUAAAUUGAGUAAAAGCUUCAAUUUCUCAUCCGCUACUACGCCAAACAUGGUUCAAAGGAUCAUCGAAUCUUAUAUCGAUAAGAGGGUGGGAACGACCUAUGGUCCACCAGCUGGAAAGACCCUAAGCGUAUUCAUCGACGAUAUAAACAUGCCGGUAAUAAACGAUUGGGGCGAUCAAAUCACCAAUGAAAUCGUCAGACAACUCAUGGAGAAUGGAGGAUUCUAUAGUUUGGAUAAACCAGGUGAUUUCUCGACCGUCGUGGAUGUUAUGUUUCUGGCUGCGAUGAUUCAUCCGGGAGGAGGAAGAAAUGACAUUCCGCAUAGACUGAAAAGGCAGUUCUGCGUCUUCAACUGCACCCUUCCAAGUAUCAACUCCAUGGAUCUGAUUUUCCAACAAAUCGCUUGCGGAUAUUUCUGUCCCGAAAGAUUCCGUGAGCCUGUGGUUAACUUCGUGAGCAAGCUAAUUCAGUUGACGAGACACGUAUGGGAGAAGACCAAAAUUAAGAUGUUGCCAACUCCUGCCAAAUUUCAUUACGUUUUCAAUUUGAGAGAUCUGUCCAGGAUAUGGCAGGGAAUCUUGACGGUGGCUGGUGACGAGUGUAAAACCGAGACGGACCUGUUGAAAUUGUGGAGACACGAAUGCCACAGAGUUAUUUCUGAUAGAUUCACCGAACAAAGCGACAAAGAUUGGUUCAUCCAAAGUCUGAAAGAUAAUGUAAUUAAAGAUCUCGGAGAUGACGCUCGUUUCUAUCAUGAAGAAGAAGUAUUUUGGGUCGAUUUUCUGAGGGAAGUUCCAGAGGCAACCGGUGACGAACCAGAGGAUUUCGCCUUUGAGGCUCCGAAGGUGUACGAAGAGAUACCAUCCUGGGAGUUCUUGAAAGAGAAGCUGUUGGGUUACAUGGAACAAUACAACGAACAGGUACGUGGAUCGGUUAUGGACAUGGUGUUCUUCCAUGACGCAAUGGUAAAUCUGAUGGCGAUAUCCAGACUGAUCAGAACGGCAAGAGGUAAUGCUUUAUUGGUCGGCGUUGGUGGUUCUGGAAAACAGAGCUUGACAAGGCUGGCUUCUUUCAUCGCCUCAUACAAAUCAUACCAGAUACAACUGACUAGGUCCUACAAUCUGAACAAUCUUAUGGACGACAUAAAGUACCUGUAUAGAGUUGCCGGUCUCGAAGGCUCUGGAAUCACCUUCAUCUUUACCGAUAACGAAAUAAAGGAAGAAACUUUCUUGGAAAGUUUGAACAACAUUCUGAGUUCGGGAGAAAUAGCAAAUCUCUUUCCAAAAGACGAACUGGACGAGAUCCAAUCCGAACUCAUUCCCAUCAUGAAGAAAAUCCAACCUAAACGGCCUCCAACUGUGGAUAAUCUCUACGAUUUUUUCAUCAGUAGAUCAAGAUCGAACAUUCACGUCGUACUCUGCUUCUCUCCAGUUGGAGAGAAAUUCAGGAGCAGAGCACUGAAAUUCCCCGGUCUCAUUUCUGGUUGUACAGUGAAUUGGUUUGCGAGAUGGCCUAGAGACGCCUUGACAGAAGUAGCCAGUCAUUUCCUCCAGAGCUUCGCUAUAGUGUGUUCACAAGAAGUCAAGUUAGAACUUAUCAAUCUUAUGGGAGAAAUCCAAGAUGGUGUUGCCGAAACUUGUAUAUUAUAUUUCGAAAGAUUCCGACGAAGAACUUUCGUCACACCAAAAACUUUCAUUUCCUUCCUGGACUUUUACAAAUCUCUGUACAAAAUGAAAUUCGACGAUAUCCAAGUGCUAGCACACAGAAUGAAAACGGGUUUGUCUAAGUUAGUAGAGGCUCAAAUCAGUGUUGACGAGCUCAGGAAGGAACUGGCCGUGAAAGAAAUAGAAGUGAACAAGGCCUCAGAAGCUGCAGAAGAAGUGUUGAACGAAGUACUGUCCGCGUCGGAGGUGGCAAAUAAAAUCAAAGAAGAAGCCUUGAUUGUUAAAAACAGGGCCGAGAACUUGGUGAACCUCAUUAGUAUCGAUCAAAAAGAAGCUGAGGGAAAGUUGCUUGCAGCUAAACCAGCUCUAGAUGCUGCCGAAGCGGCUCUUCAAACCAUCAAAGCUGCGGAUAUAGCGACUGUAAGAAAACUCGGCAAACCUCCGUACCUGAUCUUGAUCAUUAUGGACGUUGUGCUGAUUUAUUUCAAGAGAAAGUUGGACAAGGUGCAGAGAGACACGGUCAAUGAGAAGGAUUUCUGUCUGCCAUCCUGGAAUGAAUCCUUGAAGAUGUUGGCCGAUACCAAAUUCUUGAGCAAGCUUCAGGAAUACCCUAAGGAUACUAUCAACGCCGAAACAAUAGAUCUGGUAACACCAUAUCUGAGGCACGAACUCUACACAUUCGAGACGGCAAAAUCAGUUUGCGGCAACGUUGCAGGACUGGUGUCCUGGACAAUUGCCAUGGCCUCUUUCUACGAAGUCAAUAAAGAAGUAUUGCCACUGAAGGCCAAUCUUCAAAUUCAACAGGCCAAGUUGAACAAGGCCCAGGAAGAGUUGAACGCUGCCAUGACUCUUUUAGCCACCAAGGAGGAAGAAGUGAGACAGUGUCAAGAGUUAUACGAAGAAGCCAUGACUCGCAAACAGGCGGUUCUGGAUGAUGCGAUGAAAGUCAAGAAUAAAAUGGACGCAGCUACAGCUCUCAUAAGCGGCUUGGGAGGUGAAAGAAUUCGUUGGACCGCACAACUGCAGCAAUUCAAGGCCGAAACUGAGCGCCUUGUCGGCGACAUCGUCAUAUUGGUUGGAUUUUUGGGCUAUUCUGGGCCUUUCAAUCAAGAAUUCAGGAACACUCUACAGAAGACCUGGCUGGAUGCACUAAUUAGGCGCAAGAUACCUGUUACAGCUACUUUAAGCAUAAUAGAAAGCCUCACAGACACUGCAACUAUGGGGGAAUGGAACAUUCAAGGACUGCCAACGGAUGAGUUGUCUCUUCAAAAUGGCAUUAUCGUAACAACGGCCUCCAGGUAUCCGUUACUUAUAGAUCCCCAGAGCCAGGGAAAGUCUUGGAUAAAGAACAAGGAGAAGGAUAACAAUCUGAUUGUUACAUCUCUCAAUCACAAAUAUUUCAGGAAUCAUAUAGAAGAUGCGGUGAGUUUAGGUUAUCCGAUGAUAAUUGAGGAUAUUGGCGAAGAGCUGGAUCCUGUAUUGGAUGCUGUUUUGGAAAAGUCAUACAUAAAGUCCGGAACUUCGUACAAAGUGAAAGUUGGAGACAAGGAAGUAGACGUCAAUAUGGAUUUCAAAGUUUAUAUGACUACUAAGCUAGCAAAUCCAUCGUACACUCCUGAAAUCUUCGCAAGGACAUCUGUCGUAGACUUCACUGUAACCAUCAAAGGUUUGGAAGACCAGCUGUUGGGAAGGGUCAUUCUGACCGAAAAGAGAGAGUUAGAAACUGAGAGAACACAGCUGAUGAUCGAUGUUACUUCCAACAGACGCAAAAUGUCUGAGCUCGAACAGAACUUGCUCUACAAGUUGACGACAACUCAAGGAUCGUUACUUGAUGAUGAUACGGUUAUAGGAGUUUUGAACGUGACGAAAACAACCUCCUUGGAGGUCCAGGAGAAGCUGACGGUAGCUAAAGAAACGGAAAUCAAAAUAAAUGCUGCUAGGGAAGAAUUCAGACCAGUUGCUACAAGGGGAAGCGUAUUAUACUUCUUGAUCGUAAGCAUGGCAAUGGUCAAUAUGAUGUAUCAGACUUCUCUCGUUCAGUUCUUGGAGAGAUUCGACCUAUCCAUGCUCAGAUCGGAGAAGAGUCCGAUAACUUCGAAAAGGAUAAAUUUCAUAAAUGAAUAUAUGACCUACGAAAUAUACAAAUACAAAUCGAGAGGACUCUACGAGAGACACAAAUAUAUGUUUGUCCUUCUGCUCACCUUGAAAAUCGACCUGGAGAGAGGUACCAUAACGCAUGAAGAAUUCCAGAACUUCAUCAAAGGUGGCGCAGCGCUAGAUCUGAACACGUGUCCGCCGAAACCUGCGAAAUGGAUCACCGACAUGACUUGGUUGAACCUGGUGGAACUUUCGAACUUGAGGCACUAUCAGUAUAUCGUUCAACAGAUUAUUCAGAAUGAUAAAAUAUGGAAGACUUGGUUCGACAAAGACGCUCCUGAAGAAGCUCCUUUCCCUUUAACUUAUAAUACCCUGGACACUUUCAGGAAACUUCUGAUAGUACGCGCUUGGUGUCCAGACAGAACAAUGGUGCAAAGUAGAAAAUACAUCGCUAGCUCGAUGGGGCAGAAAUUCGCGGAACCUGUGAUCCUGAACUUUGAAAUCAUGCACACCGAAUCGAGGGCACUGACUCCAAUGGUCUGUUUCCUGAGUACCGGUUCUGAUCCUACCCCUUAUAUUGAACAGUUGGCCAAGAAAUUGGAGACCAGCAUCAAAUCGAUCUCGAUGGGCCAGGGUCAGGAAAUUCAUGCCAGGAAGAUGAUGACAGCAGCCAUGACGGACGGAUUCUGGGCUUUAUUGCAAAACUGCCAUCUCUCCUUGGAAUACAUGAAUGAAGUUCUCGCAAUGUAUUUGGACCUGGAAAAGGGUAUCGGUAGCGUACAUCCAGAUUUCCGAUUGUGGAUAACGACUGAGGAGCACCCGCUGUUUCCUAUAAGUUUAUUACAACUAUGCAUCAAGUUCACUAAUGAAGCUCCUUCAGGUGUGAGAGCUGGUCUGCUACGAACCUACACGUCGAUGAAUCAAGACAUGCUGGAUUAUUCUGAUGCUUGGCAAUACAUUCCUCUCAUAUACGCCAUAUCCUUCCUUCACACCGUCGUCCAGGAGAGGAGAAAGUUCGGACCACUAGGAUGGAAUAUACCGUAUGAAUAUAACUCAGCCGAUUGGUUGGCCAGUUGCAUAUUCGUUCAGAACCAUCUGGACGAGAUAGAUCCUAAGCGAGGAGUCAGUUGGGUAACUUUAAGGUAUAUGUUAGGAGAAGUCCACUACGGAGGAAGAGUCACGGACGAUUACGACAAGAGGUUACUGAACACUUUCUGCAGAUUCUGGUUCCAUGAUGGCGUGUUCGAACCCACUUUCGAGUUUGCCAAAGGAUAUAAAGUGGUGAAGUUCAAACAGAUCUCAGAUUAUCUCGCUCACAUCGACACUUUUGCUCCAACCGAUCCUCCUCAAGUUUACGGAUUGCAUCCGAAUGCGGAUAUUACGUAUCAGACCAAUACUACAAGUGAUAUGUUGUCUCAGAUGCUCUCGAUACAGCCAAAAGAAUCCGGUGGAGGUGGAGGAGAAACCAGAGAAUCGUUGGUCACCCGUCAAGCUAUCGAUAUGUUGAGCAAGAUGCCUCCAAAUUACGAUCCGUUCGAGGUUAAGGAAAGGAUACGUAUAAUGGGCCAGUACAAUCCUCUCAACAUAUUCUUAAAGCAAGAAAUUGACAGAAUGCAGAAAGUUAUUGGAAACGUGCGCACAACUCUGAAGGACCUGCUCUUGGCCAUAGAGGGCACAAUCAUAAUGAACGAGUCGCUGCAAGACGCUCUGGAUAACAUCUACGAUGCCCUGGUCCCCGCUGUUUGGAUGAGAGGAUCUUGGGCCGCGAGAACACUCGGUUUCUGGUUCACAGAACUGCUGGACAGGGACGUCCAGUUUAGGACGUGGUGCUUCAAAGGAAGGCCCCCCUGCUUCUGGAUGGCCGGGUUCUUCAAUCCUCAAGGUUUUCUGACCGCAAUGAAGCAAGAAGUUGCGAGAGCACAUAAGGGCUGGGCUCUGGAUCAGGUCUUCAUGUCUAACGAAGUGAUGAAAAUGAUGAAAGAAGAGACAAUUUCCCCUCCAAGUGAAGGUGUUUAUAUUUAUGGCUUAUUUCUUGAUGGUGGUGGCUGGGAUAGGCGUAAUUCAAAACUAUGUGAAUCCACUAAUAAAGUAUUAUAUACCGUUUUGCCCGUGGCCUGGGUAACAGCCAUAUACCAAUCAUCUCAAACAGGAAGCAAUUUGUAUGUGUGUCCAGUUUACAAAAAAGCGAGAAGAACAGACUUGAAUUACAUCACCGCCUUAAAUUUAGUUACAACUAAAAAUCCUGAUCAUUGGAUCCUGAGAGGAGUUGCCUUACUUUGCGAUAUACAAUAAGAGCUUAAUAAUCAGUGGAUAUCUUUUAAAAAAAUAUAUAUAUAUACAUAUGG